AUGAAAUCUGGCGACUCAGUUGUCGAGCCUGACUCCAUACUUGCCCCCGACGGACGCUUCUACCACGGCUACAAAGAUGGGAAGUACUUCCUGCCCAACGAUGCUGACGAGCAAGAUCGGCUCGACUUCCAACACGCGGGCGUGAUGCUGCUGCUCGAUGGCCGGCUGGCCUGCGCCCCUGUCCGCCAACCGCGGCACGUCAUGGACGUAGCGACGGGGACGGGGAUAUGGGCUUUGGAAUUUGCGAGGCAGAACCCGGGGUCUCAUGUCAUUGGAACGGAUCUGAGUAGAAUCCAGCCGGACUUGGAGGCCACGGUGCCGAAUUGCGAGUUCAUCAAGGAGGACGCCGAGGAGGAGUGGAUGUAUGAGCAUAAGUUUGAUUAUGUGCACCUGCGGUUUGUGGGCAGUUGUUUUCAUAGCCAUCGAACGGUUUUGAGGCACGCCUUUGAUAAUAUGAACCCGGGAGGGUGGAUCGAGUACCAAGAUAGCUUGCCGGAGCUGUACCGUCUGGGCGGGAGUGCGGAGGGCUCAGCGGUGAAGAAGUGGUGCGAUUUGAUGGUGCGAGGUGCUGCGACUAUGGGGAGGGACUUGCUCGUGCCUAUGCACUACAAUAACUGGUUGAUUGAGACCGGGUUCGUCGAUGUCCAUGAGGAAAUGAUUCCCGCGCCGUUUAACACGUGGCCGGCAGACCCGAAGCUCAAGGAGGUCGGGAAGUAUAGCUCACUCAACUGGAGGACCGGGGUUCUCGCUUCCACACGGAGGAUUGUCAUGACCACGGGGGACAUAUCUCCAAGUGAGCUUGACCUGUUGGCCAAGGAAGUCAAGGCCGAGAUUUUGGACGAAAAGAACCAGAUGUUCGCCCCAUUUUUCGUUGUUUACGGACGGAAGCCGUUUGAUGGCGAGAUAGAGAAGUCAUCGACAUGA